UGGUCCAUUCUCCCCAUGAGACAGAGAUGGGAGCUCUCACCAGGAUGCAGGGACCUGUUUCUGCCCUCACACUGGGGCUGAUUCUCACUUUCUGCAUACAGAACACACAUUCCCAGGGGUGUGCGGCUGGGAAUUUUCGGUGUUCGAAUGGUCGUUGCAUUCCACAAAGCUGGAGGUGUGAUGGGUCAGCAGAUUGUUCAGAUGACUCAGAUGAAGCUGGGUGCCCACCACGAACUUGCUCAGCAUCACAAUUUAAGUGUGAUGAUGGAGACUGCAUAACUCGGUCUUGGGUUUGUGAUGAUGAGGAAGAUUGUGAAGAUGGCUCAGAUGAACAGCACUGCCCUGGAAGAACAUGCUCCAGCCAGCAGUUCACCUGUUCAAGUGGACAAUGUAUCCCUAGGGAGUACAGGUGUGACAGGACGAAAGACUGCACAGACGGAGCCGACGAAAGAAACUGCCAAUAUCCCGUGUGCACGCAGCUUUCCUGCGCCAGCGGGGCUUGCUAUAAUACGAGUCAGAGGUGUGAUGGAGUGGUGGAUUGUCGGGAUGCGACAGAUGAAGUUAACUGCACUCGAAAAUGUCUAAUCAGCCAGUUCCAAUGCCCUAACGGAGAGUGCAUCCCUCGAGACUUCCUCUGUGACCAUGACGACGACUGUGGGGAUGGAAGUGAUGAAAGAAAUUGCACUUACCCUUCAUGUGCUGGAGAUUAUUUCACCUGCCCUAACGGCCGAUGUAUCCAUCAGAGCUGGCUGUGUGACGGUGAUGAUGACUGCGAUGACAAUUCAGAUGAAGCAGGAUGUGAAGGUGGACAUGGAGAAUGUGGCCCGGGGGAGUGGGUCUGCCCUUCCUCUGAACAGUGUAUCCCGAUAGAUAAAGUUUGUGAUGGAGCUGUUGAUUGCCGCUUUGGAGAAGACGAGAACAAUGCGACUGCAGGAAGAAACUGCAGUACAAAUGAAUGCGCCGCCCUAAGCUGUCAGCAUCGCUGUCACUCCUCUCCAUCAGGGGGUGUUUGUUAUUGCCCAGCAGGAUAUAUAAUCAGCUCUAAUGACAGCCGGACAUGCGUAGAUUAUGAUGAUUGCAAAACAUGGGGUAUAUGUGAUCAGAUUUGUGAAGACCGGAUGGGCAGUUACCAUUGCAGCUGUGUACAGGGAUACACACUGGAGCAUCACAGACACUGCAGAGCAGACACUUCUACCGGCGCUCCUUCGAUUAUUUUCUCAAAUGGACGUGAUCUCCUAAUUGGCGACAUUCAUGGGAGAAGCUACCGCACGUUGGUGCAAUCACAAAAUCGGGGUAUCGCCGUUGGUGUAGAUUUUCACUUUCAACUUCGGCGAGUCUUCUGGACAGACACUGUACAAGACAAGGUAUUCUCUGUUGAUAUUGAUGGCUCGAACAUUCGUCAAGUCCUAAAUGUUUCCAUUGACACACCUGAAAAUUUAGCAGUCGACUGGAUUAGUAAUAAACUAUAUGUGGUCGAGACCAGCGUCAACAGAAUUGAUAUGGUUGACUUGGAUGGGCAGAAUCGGAUAACUCUCAUAGCAGAAAAUUUGGGCAACCCUAGAGGAAUUGCACUCGAUCCAACUGUUGGGUAUUUAUUCUUCUCAGACUGGGAUAGUGCUUCCGGUGAUCCCAAACUGGAAAGAGCGUUUAUGGAUGGCACAAAUCGACAUGAUGUCAUUAAAACCAAAUUAGGGUGGCCCGCAGGAAUUACACUUGAUCUUGUAUCGAAGAGGUUGUACUGGGUUGAUAGUCGCUACGAUUACAUUGAGUCUGCAACAUAUGAUGGUCUGCAAAGGAAAACUAUAGUCCAUGGAGGAGACAUUGUCCCUCAUCCCUAUGGAAUAAGCAUUUUUGAGCAUUAUGUGUACUUCACUGAUUGGACCAAACUUGCUGUGAUGAAGGCCAAUAAAUUCAGAGAUGACAACACAAAUGUUGUUUUCCAUUCUUCGCUAAGGCCGUAUGGAGUCACCGUUUAUCACUCCGUCAGGCAGCCUUACGUACGGAAUCCAUGUGGAAACAAUAAUGGAGGUUGUGAGCAGAUCUGCGUCCUUAGUCACAGAACAGACAACGAUGGCUUGGGAUACCGAUGCAGAUGCAAACUGGGUUAUGAUUUACAUGAAGAUGGAAGGCGCUGUGUUGUGGUCCGGAAGUUUUUGCUUUUCUCUUCUCAACUGGCGGUUCGUGGAAUCCCAUUUAAUCUCUCCACACAAGAGGAUGUCAUCAUUCCAAUCACUGGGGUUCCCUCCUAUUUUGUUGGAAUAGAUUUUGAUGCCCAGGAUAACAGUAUUUUCUAUUCGGAUACAGUCAAAGAUAUGAUCUACAAACAGAAAAUAGAUGGGACAGGAAAAGAAACUCUUACUGCUAAUAGAGUGGAAGGUGUUGAAGACCUGGCCUUUGACUGGAUUUCCAGAAACCUUUACUGGACAGACCCAAGAUACAGAAGCAUCAGUGUAAUGAGAGUGGUGGAUAAGUCUAGGAGGGCCAUUAUUCAGAAUUUAAAUCAGCCUCGCUCCAUCGUGGUACAUCCUAUACUUGGCUUUAUAUUUUGGACUGACUGGUACCGUCCAGCUAAAAUCAUGAGAGCCUGGUGUGAUGGGACAAAUGCACGGCCAAUCGUGAACACAACUCUUGGAUGGCCAAAUGGUUUGGCUAUGGAUUGGAGUUCAUUGAGGUUAUAUUGGGUCGAUGCGUUUUUUGAUAAAGUUGAGCAUAGCACUUUUGAUGGAACAGACAGACAAACGCUUAGUCGAAUUACACAACUGACUCAUCCAUUCGGCCUAACGAUUUUUGGAGGCUAUGCAUAUGUUACUGACUGGAGACUCGGUGCAAUAGUUCGCGUCAGAAAGUAUGAUGGCGGGGAGAUGACUGUUAUACGCAGAGGCAUAAACAACGUGAUGCAUGUGAAGUCUUUUGAUGCUGGUUCCCAAACUGGGACAAAUUACUGUAACAAGCCAGAAAAUCCCAAUGGAGACUGCAGUCAUUUCUGUUUCCCACUGCCUAAUUCACUAAAGAUUUGUGGCUGCCCAUAUGGGAUGAAGUUACGUCCUGAUCAUCUCACUUGUAUGGAGGACCCGUCCAGCGAGCCACCGACGAUGCAGUGCGGCCAUUAUUCCUUCCCCUGUGCAAAUGGCCGGUGUGUGCCCGGCUAUUCCCGGUGUGAUGGAGUUGACGACUGUCAUGACAACAGCGAUGAACAAAAUUGUGGAUCUCUGAACAACACAUGCUCUUCCAGAGCCUUUACAUGUCGAAACGGUCAAUGUAUCCCACAAAACUGGCGUUGUGAUAAGCACAGUGACUGCCUUGACGGAAGCGAUGAACAGAAUUGUCCAACUCAGGGGCCAAGAUCCUGCCCGGCAAGUUCGUUUACAUGCAAUAACAACAACUGCAUUCCCCGCGCAUGGCUUUGCGAUACAGAUAAUGAUUGUCACGAUGGAUCAGAUGAACUGAAUUGCAAUUUCACUGGGACAUGCGAGCCAGGCCAGUUUCAGUGUCCAAAUCAUCGAUGCAUUGACCCAUCUUAUGUUUGCGAUGGAGACAGAGACUGUGUAGAUGGCUCUGAUGAAAAGGACUGCGUGUUCAACUGUUCAUCAUCAGAAUUUCCAUGUGCAAACGGUAAACAGUGCAUCAGUAGCUAUUACCAAUGUGAUGGAGUGUUUGACUGCAGUGAUCACUCUGAUGAAACCAAUUGUCCAACACGACCAGCUGGAAUGUGUCAUCAAAAUGAAUUCCAGUGUCAGUCUGAUGGGGCCUGUAUCCCAUCAAACUGGGAAUGCGAUGGGCAUCCCGACUGCGUCGAUGGUUCAGAUGAGCAUCACAGCUGCCCUAUAAGAACGUGCCCUCCUUCCAUGUUCCGAUGUGACAAUGGCAACUGUAUUUUUCGCUCUUGGAUUUGUGAUGGAGAUAAUGACUGCAGAGACAUGAGCGAUGAGAAAGAUUGCCCAACUCCUCCCUUUAGGUGCCCAAGUUGGCAGUGGCAAUGUCCUGGCCAUACCAUAUGUAUAAACAUCAGCAAAGUAUGUGAUAACACAGCAGACUGCCCAAAUGGGGCGGAUGAGUCUCCACUUUGUAAUCAGGAGAGCUGUUCUGACAACAAUGCCGGGUGUACGCACUUGUGCAUUCAAGGACCUUUCGGAGCUCAGUGCGUCUGUCCAUUGGGAUACCAGCUCCUAAACGAUUCCAAGACAUGCGAUGACGUUAACGAGUGCCUCACUCCGGGGCACUGUAGUCAAACUUGUAACAAUGAAAGGGGCUCUUUUCGAUGUGGCUGCGCGGAGGGGUAUAUUUUACAGUCCGAUGGAAGAAGUUGCAAAGCGUCAGAGGGAGAAAAUCUCCUUCUGUUGGUGGCAAGUCGUAACCAGAUUGUUGCUGACAAUAUCACCACACAAGCCCACAACGUUUACUCUGUGGUGCGUGAUGGAAGGAAUAUAGUUGCUAUAGAUUUUGAUUCUGUUACAAAUCGCAUUUUUUGGUCUGAUACUACACAAGAUAAAAUUUGGACUGCUUAUGUAAAUGGAACAGACAGACAAGUGAUAUUUGACAGUGGCGUGACUGUAACAGAAAGCAUUGCUGUGGAUUGGGUCGGAAGAAAUCUUUAUUGGACUGACUAUAUUUUGGAAACAAUUGAAGUCUCUAAACUUGAUGGGACACACAGAACAGUACUCAUUAGCGAAAAUGUAACCAAUCCUAGAGGACUUGUGCUGGAUCCCCAAGACGAUGCCCAUUUGAUGUUUUGGACAGAUUGGGGUAGAAAUCCUCGCAUUGAAAGGGCCGGUAUGGAUGGAUCGUUAAGAACCGUAAUCAUUUCUGAAAAGAUCUACUGGCCAAACGGACUUACCAUUGACUACCCUAACAAAAAACUGUAUUUUGCGGAUGCAUACCUGGAUUAUAUUGACUAUUGCGAUUACGAUGGAAAUAACAGAAGGCAGGCAUUAGCCAGUGAUUUGGUUCUACAACAUCCACAUUCAAUAGCCAUUUUUGAGGAUUAUAUUUACUGGAGUGAUCGACACAUCAAUCGGGUAGUUCGGGCAAAUAAAUGGCAUGGUGGAAACCAAACCGUUAUGAUCUACAACAUUCGCCAACCGAUGGGGAUAUCAGCUGUUCAUCCUGUUAAACAGCCCGGAGGUUUCAAUCCGUGUGCAUCUAACCCUUGCACCCACCUGUGCUUGUUGUCACCAAGUGGACCAAGGUUUUACUCUUGUGCAUGUCCUUCUGGAUGGUUCUUGAGUCCUGAUUUGGUGAACUGCCAAAGAGAUGAAAAGCCUUUCCUAAUCGCCAUAAGAGAUAACAUAAUUUAUGGGAUGUCCCUCAACCCAGAGGAGAAGACAAAUGAUGCCAUGGUACCAGUAGCCGGCAUCCGGAAUGGAUAUGAUGUUGAUUUUGAUGACUCAGAGGAAAUGAUAUAUUGGAUCGAAAAUCCAGGUGAAAUUCACAGAGUAAAGUCGGAUGGAACUAACAGGACAGUAUUUGCCCCGGCGGCUAUCAUGGGCACUCCUGUUGGUUUGGCUUUGGACUGGAUAACAGGAAACCUUUAUUACACAAACACCGCAACUCAGUCAAUAGAGGUUUUAAAGCUACGUGGCGAUGUCAAAUAUAGAAAAACAGUUAUCACAAAUAAUGGAACACCAACUGGAGCCGGAAGACCGCUUGGCAUAGCUGUUGACCCAGCCAGAGGAAAAAUGUACUGGACUGACCAGGGAACAGAAAGUGGAAUAUCUGCAAAGAUUGCCAGUGCCGAUCUGGAUGGUUCCAAUCCAGCUGUUUUAUUUACCAAUAAUCUUGACCACGUUGAGUUUAUUACUAUUGAUAUUGCAGAGCGGAAACUCUACUGGGCAGUUACUGGCACUGGAAUGAUUGAAAGAGGAAAUUUGGACGGUACAAACCGCGUUACUGUAGUGAAUCAUCUGUCCCACCCUUGGGGAAUAGCUGUCCACGAAUCCUUUCUUUAUUAUACUGAUCGUGAUUACGAAGUCAUUGAGAGAGUUGACAAGUCCACUGGAGCAAACAAAUUAGUGAUGAGAGACAACGUUCCAGGGCUGAAGUGUCUACGUGUCCACUACAGAGACAAUUCUGCUGGUACGUCAAAUGGAUGCACCAAUAAUCCAAAUGCCUGUCAACAGCUUUGUUUGCCAAAACCUGAAGGACGAUUCUCUUGUGCCUGUGCCACUGGUUUCAAUUUGAACACCGAUAACAGAACUUGCUCCCUGUACAAUUCUUUUAUAAUUGUCUCUAUGUUGUCAGCAAUCAAAGGCUUCAGCUUAGAGACCGCUGAUCACUCUGAAGCUAUGGUGCCAAUGGCUGGAAGAGGCCGCAAUGCCCUCCAUGUUGAUGUCCACAUGCCGUCAGGUUUUAUUUAUUGGUGUGAUUUCAGCAGUACUGUAGGAGCGUACAAUGGGAUCCGUCGUGUAAAACCAGAUGGCUCCUUAUUCAGAAACAUUGUUACAAGUGGGAUAGGACGGAAUGGAAUCCGUGGAAUUGCGGUUGAUUGGGUAGCAGGGAAUCUCUACUUUACCAAUGCUUUCCUGACUGAGACAUUUAUAGAGAUAUUGCGCCUCAAUACUUCACACCGCCGUGUCUUAUUGAAAACCACAGUGGAUAUGCCAAGGCAUAUUGUGGUAGAUCCCAAGAACCGAUACCUUUUCUGGGCUGACUAUGGCCAAAAUCCUAAAAUUGAGCGGGCCUUUCUUGAUUGCACCAACAGGACUGUUCUUGUGUCUGAGGGCAUUGUUACACCCAGGGGUUUAGCUGUGGACCAUAACAAUGGCUAUGUUUACUGGGUUGAUGACUCUUUAGACAUCAUUGCACGAAUUCGGCCAGAAGGUGGAGAGACAGAACUCAUACGCUUUGGUAGCCGCUCUCCGACUCCUUAUGGGAUUACCGUGUUUGAGAACUCUAUUAUUUGGGUGGAUAGGAAUCUGAAAAAAGUGUUCCAAGCCAGUAAAGAGCCCGGUAACAAUGAACAGCCAACUGUGAUCAGAGACAAUAUCAAUCUCCUAAGAGAUGUUACUGUAUACAACAGCCGCUUUCAGUCAGUUUCACCUCAGGAAGUCAACAACAACCCAUGCUUGACUAACAAUGGAGGGUGCGCACAUCUUUGCUUUGCUUUGCCUGGAUUACAGGCACCAAAGUGUGGAUGUUCUUUCGGCACUUUAGGAAGUGAUGGAACAAGAUGCACCAUUUCCACAGAAGACUACUUGAUCUAUGCCCUUGAAAGUUCCAUUAAUAGCCUGUCUUUGGACCCUGAGAAUCAUAGCCCUCCUUUCCCUGCAGUAAAUGUGUUCAGGACAUCUGUGGCUCUAGAUUAUGAUAGUUUAGAUAAUAGAAUAUACUACACUCAGAGUGUUGGAGCGGGGAGAAGCCGAAUCAGUUACUUUAGCCUUACUUCAAGAUUCGUCCCUCACACAGUUGUUGCAUCAGAUUUGGGAGCACCAGAUGGCAUAGCAUUUGACUGGAUACACAAACGUGUUUAUUACAGUGACUAUCUAAAUCAGACUAUCAACUCUAUGACGGUGAAUGGUUCUGAUCGUACUGUGAUUGCACGUGUUCACCGACCUCGUGCCAUCAUGCUGGAUCCAUGCAGAGGAUAUAUGUAUUGGACUGACUGGGGCACAAACGCAAAGAUAGAGCGAGCUACACUCGGAGGAAAUUUCCGCACGGUUAUUGUAAACACAAGCCUGGUAUGGCCAAAUGGACUUACGCUUGACUAUGAAGAACAGCGGCUUUAUUGGGCUGAUGCAAAUUUGCAAAAGAUUGAACGCUGUUCCUUAAAUGGAACAAACCGUGAGGUGGUUGUCAGUACCGCUAUAUACCCAUUCGCAAUGACAUUGUAUGAUCAACAUAUUUAUUGGACCGACUGGAACACCAGGAGCAUUUACAGAGCAAACAAGCAUGAUGGGUCAGAUCAGAUCAUCAUGGUCCAAAACCUUCCUCGGCGUCCAAUGGACAUCCAUAUACUGUCUAAAAAUAAGCAGGAACAGUGCGCCAGCCCAUGUGAUCAGUUCAACGGCGGUUGUAGUCAUAUUUGCGUACCAGGUCCCAAUGGAGCUGAAUGUCAGUGCCCGUCAACUGGUCAAUGGUAUUUGGCAAAUAAUAACAAAGACUGCAUUAUAGACAACGGCACGAGAUGCGACAGUGGACAGUUUACCUGCCUUAAUGGACGAUGCAUUCCAGAACGAUGGAAAUGUGACAAUGACAAUGACUGCAGAGACGGAAGUGAUGAACUUGAGCGCAUUUGUGCAUUUCAUACCUGCUCGCCGACAGCAUUUACUUGCGGGAACGGCCGGUGCGUGCCUUAUCAUUACCGAUGUGACCAUUACAAUGACUGUCAAGAUAACAGCGAUGAGAUUGGCUGCUUGUUCCGGGCUUGCGACCCAAACACCGAGUUUUCUUGCAACAAUGGAAGGUGUAUCGCACUUUCUAAUGUCUGCAACGGAGUGAACAACUGCAAUGACAACGGCACAUCUGAUGAGAGAAAUUGCCCUGAUCGCACUUGCCAGUCAGGAUAUACCAAAUGUCACAGCACUAACAUUUGCAUCCCUCGGAUUUAUCUCUGUGAUGGAGAUAAUGACUGCGGAGAUAUGAGUGAUGAAAGCUCGACGCACUGUGCUUCUCUUACAUGCACAGAAAGUGAAUUUCGCUGUAGUUCUGGACGCUGCAUUCCUGGCCAUUGGUAUUGUGAUCAAGGAGUUGACUGUACAGAUGGAUCAGAUGAACCAGCAUCUUGUGUUACUUAUGUACGUACUUGUUCAAGCGACCAGUUCAGAUGCGACGAUAGCCGUUGUAUUCCGCGAGCAUGGGUUUGUGAUGGUGAUAAUGACUGUGGUGAUAUGAGUGAUGAGGACCAAAGGCACGGUUGUGCCAACCGCUCCUGCGCUGCGACUGAAUUUACCUGCAUUAAUAACAGGCCUCCAGACAGGAGGUGCAUUCCUAGAUCUUGGGUUUGUGAUGGGGAUUCUGACUGCUCCGACGCUUAUGAUGAACAUCAGAACUGUACAAGAACAUCUUGCACAACUAAUGAGUUCACAUGUGACAAUGGACUUUGUAUACGCAGUUCCUUUAGGUGUGACAGACGCAAUGACUGUGGAGAUAACAGUGAUGAAAGAGGAUGCACUUAUCCACCCUGUUCGCAACAACAGUUCACCUGUCAGAAUGGCCGCUGUAUCCCUAAGAUGUAUGUCUGCGAUGGGGACAAUGAUUGCGAAGACGAAUCCGAUGAGCUGGAACAUCUCUGUAGUACCCCUGAAGCAACGUGUGCACCACACUUCUUUAAAUGUGACAAUGGCCACUGUAUUGAAGCAGUCAAAGUCUGCAACAGGAUAGAUGAAUGUUCUGAUAACAGUGAUGAAAAGGGAUGUGGUAUAAAUGAAUGCAAUGAUCCAUCAAUCAGUGGUUGCGAUCACAACUGUACAGAUACACAAACAAGCUUCUUCUGUUCUUGUCGACCUGGGUACAGACUCAUGUCUGAUAAACGGACCUGUGAUGAUAUAGACGAGUGUAGUGAAUCUCCUUCUGUAUGCAGUCAGAUUUGCGAGAACACGGAAGGUUCCUACAUUUGCAAAUGUGCACCAGGCUACUUACGGGAGCCAGAUGGACGAAGCUGCCGGCAAAACAGCAACAUUGCUCCUUACUUGAUAUUUAGCAAUAGAUAUUAUAUAAGGAACCUCACUGCAAAUGGCCUGUCUUACUCUCUUAUUUUGCAAGGUCUCAGCAACGUGGUAGCUUUAGACUUUGAUAGGGUUGACAAUAGAUUAUAUUGGAUUGAUCUUGGAAGACAAGUUAUUGAGAGGAUGUUCCUAAAUGGAACCAACAGAGAAGCAGUUAUUAACAAUGAUGUUCUUUAUGGGGAAGGAUUAGCUAUCGAUUGGGUCGGCAGAAAAUUGUACUGGGUUGAUUCCUUUAAAGACUGCUUGAAUGUUGCGGAGCUUGAUGGAAGGUUCCGGAAGAAGUUGGUUGACCGUUGCAUAGACGUUAAUAACACAUACUGCUUUCAACAUCCCAGAGCAAUCGUGGUUCAUCCUAAAAUGGGGUAUGUUUAUUGGACAGACUGGGGAGACAAACCAUAUAUUGGCCGAGUGGGCAUGGAUGGCAAGAACAAAACGGUUAUCAUCACCACCAAACUAGAAUGGCCAAAUGGACUCACCAUCGAUUACACCAAUGACAAUCUCUACUGGGCAGAUGCCCACCUCAACUAUAUUGAAUACUCAGACUUGGAUGGCAGGCACCGGCAUGCAGUGUACGAUGGCACUCUGCCCCAUCCUUUUGCGAUCACCGUGUUUGAAGAUACAGUGUAUUGGACUGACUGGAACACAAGAACGGUGGAAAAAGGGAACAAGUAUAACGGGUCGGGGAGAACCAUGCUGGUGAACACCACACACAGGCCUUUUGAUAUCCACAUGUAUCAUCCGUACAGACAGCCCAUAUUGAAUAAUCCUUGUGGAAGAAACAAUGGUGGCUGUUCUCAUCUGUGCCUAAUUAAGGAAGGGGGUCAAGGGUAUACGUGUGAAUGUCCAGAUCAUUUCUUGGCGAUGCAGUUUGGAAGUGUGGUGCGCUGCCUCCCAGCAUGCUCCAGUACUCAGUUUCUAUGUGCCGAUAGUGAAAGAUGUAUCCCUAUCUGGUGGAAAUGCGAUGGACAGCGUGACUGCAGGGAUGGCUCAGACGAACCCUCUAUUUGCCCGCAUCGAUAUUGUCACGUUGGACAGUUCCAGUGCGGUGACGGGAACUGCACAAGUCCUCAUUUCCUAUGUAACACUGAACGUGAUUGUCCAGAUGGUUCGGACGAGGACCCCAUCCUUUGCUUAAAUCAUCAGUGUGAUACCCAUCAGUGGCAGUGUGCCAACAAGCGCUGUAUUCCUGAGUCGUGGCAGUGUGAUACGGAGGAUGACUGCGGAGAUAACUCUGAUGAAGACAGUGCUCAUUGUGCAACAAGAACCUGCAAUCCUGGGCAAUUUAAAUGCAAUAAUGGCCGCUGCAUACCACAGAGCUGGAAAUGCGAUGUCGAUAAUGACUGCGGAGAUCACUCAGAUGAACCCAUCCAGGAAUGCAUGGGUCCCGCCUAUCGCUGUGACAAUCACACUGACUUUGAUUGUAAAACGAACUAUCGCUGCAUCCCUCUCUGGGCCGUGUGCAAUGGAUACGAUGACUGUAGAGACAACUCCGAUGAGGAAAACUGUGAGCAAAGAACCUGCGAUCCACGAGGGGAUUUUCGCUGUGACAAUCACCGUUGUAUUCCCCUGCGCUGGAAAUGCGAUGGCGAUAAUGAUUGCGAGGAUCAUUCUGAUGAACGCAACUGCAGUCCACGAGAGUGCACAGAAAGCGAAUACCGUUGUGACAAUCUUCACUGCAUUCCCAGCCGGUGGCUGUGUGAUCACGACAAUGACUGUGGUGACAACUCAGAUGAAAGAGAUUGUGAUAUGAGAACGUGCCACCCAGGGUAUUUCCAGUGUGACAGUGGGCACUGCAUUGCUGAGAGAUUCCGGUGUGAUGGAACAGCAGACUGCCUUGACUAUUCUGACGAAGCAACUUGCCCAACUCGCUAUCCAAAUGGAACAUACUGCCCAGUUUCUAUGUUUGAAUGCAAGAACCACAUAUGCGUUCUACCAUACUGGAGAUGUGAUGGGGACAAUGACUGUGGAGACGGGUCCGAUGAAGAACUGCACUUAUGUCUGGAUAUUCCUUGCGAGCCACCGUUUCGCUUUAGAUGUGCGAACAACAGGUGUAUCUACAGGCAUGAGCUUUGCAACCGCGUGGACGACUGCGGGGAUAAUAGUGACGAAAUACCUGAACAAUGCAACACAACACCAACUCCAAGGCCUUGUGAUGGCAGCACUGAAUUUAAAUGCAACAAUGCACAUUGCGUCUCACUUCAGUACGUUUGUGAUAACUACGAUGACUGUGGAGAUCGCUCGGACGAAACAGGCUGUAAUCGAGGGGCACAGCGGCACUGUUCAGAAAAUAUCUGUGAACACAACUGCACCAAUUUAGAGGGAGGCGGAUUUAUCUGUUCAUGCCGGGCAGGAUACAAAGCCAGCGAAACUGAUCGUAAUUCAUGUGAUGAUAUUAACGAGUGUGAGUCAUAUAGGACUUGCCCCCAGGACUGUAUGAAUUCCAAGGGAAGCUAUGAAUGUUUCUGUGCAGAAGGAUUUCGGUCUGUUGGUGAUCAACAAGGAAAACAAUGCGCAGCAGAGGGCAACCCACCCUUAUUGCUGCUGCCAGACAAUGUUCGUAUCAGAAGAUAUGAUCUGUCAUCUGAAAUAUACUCAGACUAUAUUGAAAAUCAACAGCACAUACAGGCCUUAGACUAUGACUGGGACCCUGAAGGGACAAGUCUUAGUGUUCUGUACUACAGUAUUCGAGGUCAAGGAUCUCAGUUUGGCUCCAUAAGGCGCGCUUAUAUACCAACAUUUGAAGACUAUGGGAAUAAUUUGGUAAAGGACACGGAUCUUAAUCUGCGUUACAUUGUUAACCCGGAUGGCAUAGCUGUGGACUGGAUUGGAAGACAUAUCUAUUGGACCGAUGCCGGUACAAAUCGAAUAGAAGUAGCAAAGUUGGAUGGACGAUAUAGGAAGUGGCUUAUCUACAAUCAGAUCGAUCAACCGGCAGCCAUUGCUGUCAAUCCGGAUCUUGGCUAUAUGUAUUGGACUGACUGGGGAAGACAGCCUAAAAUUGAGCGUGCUUGGAUGGAUGGGAAACAAAGACAAGUUCUGGUUUCAGAUGACCUUGGGUGGCCAACAGGUCUUACUAUUGACUACAUAAACAAUAACAGAAUAUAUUGGUGUGAUUCGAAAGAAAAUAUUAUUGAGUCAAUGAAGCCUGAUGGGACAGACAGACAAGUUAUUGUUUCUGGAGUUGAUCUGGGAAACCCUUACGGCGUGGAUGUGUUUGAAGGUCAUUUGUACUGGACUACUAAAGAAAAGGGAGAAGUUUGGAAGAUAGAUAAAUUUGGCAAGGAAUCAAAAGUUAAAGUCUUGACGGUUAACCCUUGGCUCACCCAAGUCCGCAUAUACCACGAACAUCGGUACAAUCGCUCAGUUGUUAAUCACUGCAAGGAUGUGUGUUCCCAUCUGUGCUUGCUGAGACCCGGAGGUUAUACAUGUGCCUGUCCUCAGGGUACCAGUUUUAUGGGAGGCAGCACCACUGAGUGUGAUGCAGCCGUUGAAUCCCCCCAAACGAUGCCAGCGGGAUGCAGAUGCAUGAAUGGAGGAACCUGCUAUUUUGAUGAAAAUGAUCUGCCUAAAUGCAAGUGCACAUCAAGCUAUUCUGGGAGCUCCUGUGAAGUAUAUUCCAGAUACCACAUGCCUCCAGGAACAACGGCUGUCGCCAUUCUUCUCACUGUGAUUUUGACCAUCAUAAUAUGCUCUCUGGUAAUUGGCGGACUCUCGAACUACAGACGAACAGGGAAGCUUUUACCGACAUUUCCGAAAUUUCCAAGCUUAAGCGGCUUAGUGAAGUCGACUGAAAAUGGCAACGGAGUGACAUUCAGGUCUGGCACAGAUGUCAGUAUGGAUAUUGGCGUCGCCGGAUUUGGUGCAGAAUCCUCUAUAGACAGAGCCAUGCAAAUGAAUGAAACAUUUGCUAUGGACUCUGGAAAAGAACCAAUCACCUAUGAAAAUCCAAUGUAUACAAGUGCUGGAGAAAGUGGAGUCAGCGUCGUGAAUAUCAGUCAACCACCAGAUGUCACUGAGUCAAGUAACGGACACAAGCCAGAUAAUUUCAUAAACCCCGUGUAUGCAGUUGACACAACACAAACUACAGUGAACACAGAAGCCGUCCAGGAGACAAAGUGGGGCUUCUUCAAGAGGAAAAUUAAACAAAGCACAAACUUUGAAAAUCCAAUAUAUGCAGAGAUGGAGAAAGAUCACUCUCAGGAGCUUGAUGAAGAUCCUUCCCCUUUCACAUCGCCACCACCAACAAAACCCCCCCACAAAAAGGAGCAGCCUCCAACCGCCUAUUCCCCGACCGAAGAUACCUUCAUAGACACUGCCAAUCUCGUCAAAGAAGAUUCAGAUGUAUAACUAAUUCUUUUACUAGGGAAUACUCUGUCAAAUACUGUCUUGCACAUAUUUUUAUAUCAGCAGAGAAAAUAAUGUUAACAGUGAAUUCUUUAUAUAAAAUAUAUUAUUUUUAGCUAGUAGGAAUAUUUUUGAAGCUUUGCCUUGUUUUUUUUUUUUUGUUGAAAAAAAUGCCAAUUCUUAUUUUUAUGAACAAUUAUCACAUUGUACUAUAUGUAUAUCUUUGCACUGAAACUGUCUGAAAAUAAUAUUAUAAAUAUUGUGUAUAUUUGUAAAUUUUUAAAAGUGAUGAUGAUAUGUGCAAACUUUGGAAUUAAAACAUUAGUUUUAUUACAAUAGGGACACUAACGCAAAAAGAAUAUUUUUGAACAUCUAUAGUUUUUUGUUUUUAAUUGUACAGAUGUGCAUAGAAACGCCUAUUCUGAAAGCUAUAUAUAUAUAUAGCUAUGAAAUAUGUUAAUUUUUUAUUUUAAUUGUCUUUUUAGUCAAAUUUUAUAGUACCCUGAUUUGAAGAUUAGGUUACUUACUAUGCAAAAUUUGGAACAAUCGGUUGCCUAUGGAAAAAUAUAAUUAAAAGUCUAUUAAUUAAAGAAA